CUAGAGAACACACGUGUAUGCUAACCCAACGACUGAAUUAUUCUCCUAAUCCUGUAUUUUCGGACGUUUUACGGUUAUUAAGUAAGGUUAUAGUCCAGUUGCCUGGAUCUAGGACAGGAGAUGAUGAAAAGGUCAUUUUAUGUUAAUGAAAUGAGGACGGCUGUGGCUGAGGAUAUGGACUACACAUCCAGAAGGAAAAAAGAGAUUGGAUCCUUGGACACAAUUAAACUGCGAGACCCAGACCCACAGUCCAACCGGACCAAAGGUAGUGGGUUCUGGAGAGGCUUGCUGAAAAUGAUUUGGCCCAGCAAAAGAAGGGAGCAGAAGAGGAUUCAGAAACAGCAGGAAGAAAAAAACACACUGCAUGAGAUGCAGAGGCUGAAACUGGAGAUGGAGAGAGAGCUGCAUCAUUUAAAGAAGCAAAUGGACAAGAACGAGAAAGAGAGAAAACAGCAGAUUCAGAAUCUGCAGAAAAAAGAGAGAAAAGUGAAGAAAGUACAAGAGACCAAGCAGCAGCUUCAGCAGUUCAUCGUAGAUGAGCUGAACAAAAAACAUCAGGAAGAGAAGUUAGAGCCUGGAAUGCUUAGAGAGAUGGACAGAAUGCACAAGGAAGAAGUUCAAGCUCAGCAAGAAAAGAGACAAAAACAGCAGAAUAAACAAAGUCUGCAGAAAAAAGAGAGAAAAGUAAAAACAACAGAAGAGACCAAACAGCAGCUCCAGCAGUUCAUCACAGAUGAGCUAAAGAAAAAACGCCAGGAAGAGAACGUAGAGCUUGAAAUGCUUAAAAAGACAAUCAGAAUGCACAAAAAAGGUCAAGCUCAGGAACAAGAGAGACAGAGACAAAAUGAAAAGAGAAAUAAUUUGAGACACAUCGUGCAGGAGUUUUUAAGAGUGAAGCAAAGACCAGGAGAGAAUAUGACUUGGUAUAAAAAAGAUGCCUUGACCACAGCAAACCACAACUGGCCACAAGAAUCAUCCAGGAUACAGGAGUCGAACAGGGUGAACCAGUGGUUUAAGGAGGAGCUGAGUCGAGGUGGAUCAGUGUUCAGUCCUGCACAGCUUUAUAGUGCAUCUGGCACUGAGAGUCUCAGAGAAAUGUACCACCACCAAAAGUCUGAGAUAGUGAGAACAAAAGAGAAAGAGGAGCAACUGAGAACAGAGCUGGAAGAGAUGAAAGAAACCAUGAAACAGACAGAGAAAGUGCACAGGUUGGAGAUACAGGUGGAGAAUGAGAGAGCAAAGUGGGCUGUGUUACAAAAGAUGAGGAAAGAGCAAGAGUUAAAGAGACUGAAGGAGAAAGAGAAAGAAGAGGCGCUGAAGCAGGAGCUUGAGAAGCUGAGAAAAAGAAUAGAAGAGGCAGAGGAACUGAGGCAGAUGGAUCAACUGCUGUAUGCUGAGGAAGUAAAGCAGGAGAAAUUAAGAAAAAGAAUAGCAAAAGAAAAGAAAAUUCUAAAGCAGCAGGCUGAGCGAGAAGUUGAAAGAGUCAAAGAAGUGCAUGAGGUAAAUGAAAUAGAGGAAAAGAUUGAGGAAAUAAAAAUGGUGGAAAGACAGACUGAAAGAGUGGAAGAGACAGAGAUACAGGACAACAUGUCAAUACUGGUGACUUUACAGAAGAAGAUGGAGAUAGAGGCAAAGGAUGAAACACCUACAAUGGUGACAUUACAGGAGGAGAUAGAGAAAGAGACAGAGACUGGGGUUGAAAAGCCAACACUCUUGACAUUGCAGAAAGAGAUGGAAAAAGAGGCAGAGACUGAGGUUGAAAAGCCAACACUGGUGACACUGCAGGAGAAGAUGGAGAUACAGGCAGAGAGUCAGGGUGAAAUGCCAACACUGCUGACACUGCAGGAGAAGAUGGAGAAAGACGCAGAGAGUCAGGGUGAAAUACCAACACUACUGACACUGCAGGAGAAGAUGGAGAAAGAAGCAGAGAGUCAGGGUGAAAUGCCAACACUACUGACACUGCAGGAGAAGAUGGAGAAAGACGCAGAGAGUCAGGGUGAAAUGCCAACACUACUGACACUGCAGGAGAAGAUGGAGAAAGACGCAGAGAGUCAGGGUGAAAUGCCAACACUACUGACACUGCAGGAGAAGAUGGAGAUAAAGGCAGAGAGUCAGGGUGAAAUACCAACACUGAUGACACUGCAGGAGGGAAUGGAGAAAGAGGCAGAGAACCAGGUACAAGAGGAACAAGGACAGACAGAAAGCAGCAUUAAAGAAAAUGAGAGGAAAGAAGAGCAGAUGCAAGAGAAAGAAGCCAAAGUAAAAGUAGAGAAAGAGUCAGAAACAGAAGUAAAAACUAACAACCAACUGGAUGAACAACUGGAUGCCAUGAGAAAUGAUUGGAGAUCAUGGGGACUGCAGAAGGAGACAGAAAGCAACGAGAAGAAAGAUCUGUUCGAGAUGUUUGAGAAGAAGAAUUGCAAAAAGCAAACUCGAACACUAAAUCAAAAGGAGAAUCUCACUGAACCGCUGGUUGUGAGAAGAAGAGAAAGAAUGCAAAAGGUGCCAGAGAUAGGAGACAGCAUUAAAACAAAUGAGAGGAAUAAAGAACUGAUGCAGGAGAAAGAAGCCAAAGUAAAAAUUGAGAAACAAUCAGAAACAGAAGUGGAAACUAAGAACCAAGUAGAUGAAGAACUGGAUGCACUGAGAAAUGAUUGGAGAACAUGGGGACUGCAGAAGGAGACAAAGAACAGUGAGAAGAAAGAAGAUCUGUUUGAGAUGUUUGAGAAAAAAAAUCACAAAAAGCAAACUCAAACACAAAAUCAAAAGGUAAAUCUCACUGAACCGCUGGUUGUGAGAAAAAGAGAAAGAACACAAAAGGUACCAGAGACCGUAAACAGCAUUAAAGCAAAUGAGAGGAAAAAAGAAUUCAUGCAAGAGAAAGCAGCCAAAGUUGAGACAAAAGACACCAGCAUGACGAAAGAAAUGGAUUUGUUUGAUAUGUUUGUGAACAAGAAUGAGAAAAAGCAAAAUCAAACACAAGAUAAAAUGAAGAAUCAGACUGAGCAGCUCGCUCUGAGGAGAAGAGAAAGAACACAGAAGGUGCUGAAUGAAACAACGCUGGAGAUAACAGAGAAACAACAACCAAAGCCUUCUAACAACCAGCACAGAGCAGGGAGACAGAGAGAAAAGACUGAGAGAAAACAGCUGGAUGAUGAUCUGAUUCAGAUGUUUGGAGCAAAAUAAAAAAGGAGCUCUCUUCAGCAUGAGACACAACAGAACAUGCAGAAUGUAAUCUCGGCCUCAGCAGCUAAAUUUGUGACCCCAGACCUCCACCAGUUGGGAUUAUGACUCGUUUUUUUUCUUUUUUUCAUUAUGUGUAAAUAAUUACAAUAAACUAAUAAAGUU